UGAAACCUACAUAUCCAUUGUCAGCGUGUCUAUAUAUAACACCCACCAUAUGCUCUCAUAGUAUUCGUCAACUAAAAUCCUUUCUCCCCAUUCGUUAUCUAAUCACAUCUCUGCCCAUAACUAUGGAUAUUAAUUAUUCUCCGCUAGGGUUUCUAAUAUCACUCUUCUUCAUUGUUACUUUUCUUGCACCACAAGUUAAAUCUAGGGCUUUCUACGUCUUUGGUGAUUCUCUCGUCGACAAUGGAAACAAUGAUUACCUUGUCACCACUGCUCGCGCCGACAAUUACCCGUAUGGUAUCGAUUACCCGACCCGUCGACCCACUGGGCGUUUCUCUAACGGCCUCAACAUCCCCGACAUUAUCAGUGAAGCUAUAGGCAUGCCGUCGACUUUGCCGUACCUUAGCCCGCAGCUCACCGGAGAAAAUCUUCUCGUCGGUGCUAAUUUUGCCUCCGCUGGAAUUGGAAUCCUCAACGACACUGGAAUUCAAUUUGUAAACAUAAUUAGAAUAUCUAAGCAGUUCGAAUACUUCCAACAGUACCAGCAACGAGUGAGCGCAUUGAUCGGACCAGAAGCUACACAACAACUAGUUAACCAAGCUCUUGUCUUAAUCACACUCGGUGGCAACGAUUUCGUCAACAACUAUUAUCUCAUUCCUUUCUCUGCUCGCUCUCGCCAGUUCACAUUACCGGACUACGUUGUUUAUCUCAUUUCCGAAUACGGAAAAGUCCUUAGGAAACUCUAUGAGUUGGGUGCAAGACGGGUUCUAGUAACCGGAACUGGUGCAAUGGGAUGUGCACCUGCGGAACUGGCUCAGCAUAGCCGCAAUGGCGAAUGCUAUGGUGCUCUCCAAACAGCAGCCGCUUUGUUCAAUCCGCAAUUAGUUAAUUUGAUCGCAUCAGUCAAUGCUGAGAUCGGUCAGGACGUUUUUGUAGCAGCCAAUGCCUAUCAAAUGAACAUGGAUUAUCUAACUAACCCUGAACAAUUCGGGUUUGUGACAUCAAAGGUGGCAUGUUGUGGACAAGGACCGUACAAUGGCAUAGGACUAUGCACACCAAUCUCGAACUUAUGUCCUAACAGAGAUUUGUAUGCAUUUUGGGAUGCGUUUCAUCCAACAGAGAAAGCUAAUAGGAUAAUUGUUAAUCAGAUCCUCACCGGUUCCUCCAAGUAUAUGCACCCUAUGAACCUUAGUACCGUCAUGCUCUUGGAUUCUUCUAGAAUCUAAUCUAAGUGAUUUUAUUUCAAUUAAUUGUCAUGGCCUUGUCUUUUGUAUGCAUUGUUGAUUAAUAACUUUGAUCAGCAUAAUAGACUUUUCUCGUCGGUGAUGUGGUUUGAUGUUUCUGCUUGUUGUACCUUGAUUAGCUUAGUUUAGUCAUUUUUUUUUCAUGUAUGUGUGCCAAUUAUCAUGUAAUAUUUGGAGUGAUUGUUAUAUGGUUUUCUGUUCUACUCGAGAUUAUUGAUUCAG